GCGAGCGUGGCGUCGUAUAUGGGCGUCGAGGGCAUGGCGGGCGAGGGUGGUGGAGAGGAGCAAGGUGGGGACAGCGGCGGGCGGAGUCGAGUGGGACAGGCAGCGCUCGCGCUGUCCACGCGCGCCGGAAGAAGCAAGGCGCGCGCCAGGCACACAGCGUGGCGCCCGCAUCGCUGCGCGCCGCACAUCUCUCGCUCUCUUGCGCCAGCCGACCGGUCUCCCUCCUCAGGCCCAGAACCGCGGCUCAUGAUGCUCGCUGAAGUUGCACUCGCGUGCCUGCAGAAGCAGCCUUCAUCCAAACCACGCCCGAAGAAGCGCUCAGGAGAAGGGUACGUCGCCCCUCGAUGCGCGCUUGCCCUCGCUUCGGCUCGGCGUGCCGAGCACGCCGGAGAGCGAGAGCGCGAGGCGUGUUGCUUUUCGCCGUUGGGGCGCGGCGCGAUGCGCGCGAUGCGCUUCAUGCGGCAGCCACACGGCACUCCAGCGCUCCACGCAGCGCAAGGCGGCGGCCGCUCGGUUCGAUGCUGCUGGCAUCGCCCUGCCUGCACUUCUUCCGAACGCCAUCGCACCUGCUCUGGGCGUCUGCAGCGCACAAAGAGAGGCCUGAGGAGCACAUGCGCUUCCUGAGCGUCUCGUGUCUUGGGGCGCGGCCGGCAAACACGCCGUGCGUGCCUCGCUGCAUCGCGUGCAUCACAGCAGCAUGCCGCGGAAGAUCGAGGAUACCUGGCGGGCGUGACAGCACCGCUCUCGGCUGGCAGCCGACAGCCGUCGAGGCCUGUCAGAGCACAAGCUGCAUAUGCUGCGAGCCGGCGACGUUCUGUGCUUCGAAGAGGAUCAGGCUAGGGAACCGUGCCGCCGAGCUGGUGCCGGCGAUCUGGCGCCCGGCGCAGCAAAGUGCGGCGGUGCGGCGCCGAGCGGCGCGAAAUCGAGUUCAGGGUCCAGCGCAUAGAGCAGUGUCUAGAGCAAUCGGCGUGUGCCGUGCUGGCAGCCAGGCAGCACCAAGCACCCAAAGCCAGCCGUCAGCGUGCAGCGACCAGCCUCGGCACCCAAGGCUCGGCUUGCACCUCCAAGCCUUGAGGCACAAGAGCAUGGAGUGCAGCCAUGUUGCGGAGAGGCUUCCCGAUCGCAGGCGCCAAAGCAGGGGCCAGCUCUGCGCGCUGCGACGUCUACAUGCUUGCGUCCCCGUGCCGCCGUCGCCCGAGCCAGACUACAGCAUCGCCUCUCUGCUCCCCUCUCACUCCAGAGUGGCCAGAUUAAGACCGCCGGCGCACGCUGCUAGGCGCGCGCCGCAGCAGUCAUGCUUAUUUUAGGCCGGAGCGCCGAGGCGUGUGGGGUGCUGAAGAGCAGACCUGGAAGGGAGUGAGAGACGUGUAGUUGAGGUGUAGGUGAGGUGUGAGAGGAAAGAGCAAGUAUGGACAAGGGCGACGAUGCAAGUCGCGCCGUGGGAGGGGCAAAUAUGUGUGCGGAGCGCUGAGCCGAGGUAUGUGGGAGGGAGUGGAGCGAGCUGUAGGAGAGGCAGAGACGAGACACAGAGCGCGCACGCUUAGAGCAGCGCAGCGCCGGCCAGGAAGCGACGACGCGCGCACGC